AAAACGCAUGAGAGAUCCGAACUAUCAACGAGUUUCUUCUUCAAUCUGACCAGAAUUCACCCAUACAGGGAUCGAUUCGUACAUAUAGCUCUGCAUUUCGGUAUACGUAAUUCAUAAACAUACAUAAUUCUAGAGAUAGAGUGAGUGAAGAUGGCGGAGAAAGCUAGGGUGUUGUUGCCGCUGUUGUUAUUUAUGUUAGUCUUGGUGCGAAAGGGUGAAUCUGUAUGGUUGAAUAUACCCAGAUCGGGAAACAAGUGCGUGACGGAGGAAAUCCACAACAACGUCGUCGUCGUCGGCGAUUACGUCGUUAUCUCCGAUGAUCAUCUUCACCCCACUCCAACCAUCUCCGCCAAGGUUACAUCACCUUACGGAAACGUCCUUCACCAUAAGGAGAACAUAACACAUGGUCAAUUUGCAUUCACAUCAAGCGAAUCUGGGCAAUAUCUGACAUGUUUCUGGCCGGACCGCCCUGGUCAAGGCGGUGCCUUAAGUGUUAAUAUUGACUGGAAAAUUGGAGUUGCAGCCAAGGAUUGGGAGACGGUUGCUAGGAAAGAAAAAAUUGAGGGUGUUGAGCUUGAGUUGAGAAAGCUGGAAGGAGCUGUGGAAGCCAUUCAUGAUAACCUGCUUUACCUCAAGGGCAGGGAGGCAGAGAUGAGAGGAGUGAGCGAGUCUACAAAUUUUAGGGUGGCGUGGUUCAGUAUCUUAUCGUUGGGUGUUUGCAUUUUGGUUUCUUGUGCACAAGUAUGGUACUUGACUCGCUUCUUCCAAAAGAAGAAACUGAUCUAGAUUUGUAUCCCCUCCCCGUAAUCUUCUAAUCUGAGAUAGGACUUGAUCGUAGAACCAUCGUGUUUUUAUCUUUCUGUUGAUUAUGGUGGAUUCAAGAUCCUCGAUACCAUCUGUAGAGAUAUAUAUAUCUAUAUCCUCUUACAUAUUCAGUUUCCAGAUAGCGGGAAAUAGUUUUAUGACCACAUCGUAUUUAUCGUGUUUCUGGAUGCUUGGUGAAGAAUAUUUAAAAAUUUGAAUUUAUAUAAUGUUGA